AUGCCUCGUGGCCAGAAGAGUCAGCGCUGCCAGCUUGAGGAAGGCCUUCAGGCCCAGAGUGAGACCAGGGCCUGGUGGGCACACAGGUUCCGGGGGCUGAGGGGAAGGCUCCUCUACUCCUCCUCCUCUUCCUCCUCUUCCUCCUCUUGUUCUUUUCUUGUCCCAGGCAACACGGAGGAGGUUCCUGCUGCUGGGACACCGCGUCCCCCCCAGAGUCCUCAGGGAGCCCGCUCCUCCCCCGCUGCCCCGGCAGCCGCUCCAUCGAGCCCAUCAGGUGAGGGAUCCAGCCGCCCAGAAGAGGAGGGCCCAAGCACGUCGCAGGCCCAGCCCGAUGCUGAGUCCUUGCUCAGAGAUGCCAUCAGUGAUAACGUGGCUGAUUUGGUGAAGUUCCUGCUUCUCAAGUUUCGAAUAAAGGAGCCCGUCACCAGGACAGAAAUGCUGAGCGUCGUGAUGGAAAACUACAAGGAGCACUUCCCCGUCAUCUUCAGGGAGGCCUUUGAGUGCCUGCAGCUGGUCUUUGGCAUAGACUUGAAGGAACUGGACCCCGACGGCCAGUGCCAUGUCCUCGUCAGCACACUGGGCCUCACCCACGACGGGAUGAGUGACCAUCAGGACGUGCCCAAGACUGGGCUCCUGGUGAAUGUCCUGAGCAUGAUCUUCAUGGAGGGCACCUGCACCCCUGAGGAGGAGAUCUGGAAGGCCCUGAAUGGGAUGGGGGUGCAUGUGGGGAGGGAGCACUUCAUCUACGGGGAGCCCAGGAAGCUCCUCACCAGAGACUGGGUGCGGGCAAAGUACCUGGAGUACCGCAGGGUGCCCGGCAGUGAUCCUGUGCGCUAUGAAUUCCUGUGGGGUCCCAGGGCCCAUGCGGAAACCAGCAAGAUGAGGGUCCUGGAGUUUGUGGCCAGGGUCAAUGGUACCGUCCCCAGUGCCUUUCCGGCCUGGUAUGAAGAGGCACUGAGAGACGAGGAAGAGAGAGCCCGGGCCCGAAGUGGCACCGCCAGAGAUGGCAGUGCUGCCAGGGCCAGCGUGAGUCCCAGGGCCCCGUGCAGCCGCUUUCCCCACCCUGAGGGAAGCCUCAGGCUGAGGCGGCCCUCCGGGGUUGAAGGGGGCAGUCAGUGA